GCGGCGAAGAUGGCGGCCUCCGGUUGGGUGCGCGCGGCCCUGGUCCUUCUCUGCGCCUCUGACCUGCUGCUGCCGCCGCUGCCGCCGAGGGCCUGCGCUGCCGAGGGCGUGGCCGGGACGCCCGGGGAGGCCAGCCCGCCUCCGCGGAAGAAGAAGAAGGAUAUUCGCGACUACAACGAUGCGGACAUGGCGCGUCUGCUGGAGCAGUGGGAGAAGGAUGACGACAUCGAAGAGGGGGACCUCCCGGAGCACAAAAGACCCUCAGCCCCUAUCGACUUCUCCCAGAUAGACCCGGGCAGGCCCGAGAGCAUCCUGAAGAUGACGAGGAAGGGGAAGACGCUCAUGAUGUUCGUCACUGUGUCCGGAAACCCCACUGAGAAGGAGACGGAGGAGAUCACCAGCCUCUGGCAGGGCAGCCUUUUCAACGCCAACUACGACGUGCAGAGGGUGCAGCCACGUCCCCCAGUGCUCGGAGCGUCUCUUACAUGCAAGGCAUUUCCGGGAGCCAGGGACGGCCCGGACGUGGGCCCAGGCGUCCUGAAACUUCGGGACCUGGUGGGAGAAGACAAAUACGCAUCAUGCACAAAGUGGCAACUGUUGGAAGACGUACACAGGCCUCGAGGUGGGGUGGAGGGCAGGUUCCCAGCAGUGGACUCACCAGAACAAACGAAAGGUGGCAUCUUGGCACAUACUGCCGACCUGCUGUCCCAGGUGGUUCCGUUACCUUGUCCCUUUGCCAACAGUAGAUCUCAGAUCCUCGCUGGUACCGGGCGUUGCACUUGGCCGGUUCACUAGAUGCAAGAGCUUUGUCGGCUAUCCCGAGGCCACCACGCUGGAGAGGCCCCGUGGAGACAGAGAUGCCGGUGGCGGGUGGGGUCCGCGCCUGCCCAGCCCCCGCUGUGUCCAGCCCACGUGCACGUGUGUGAGCUUGGGCGCCUUCAAAUGCUUCCGGCCGCAGCCUCCAAGGCCUCCUGGAGACGGCUGUCACCACCUGGCCCGCCAGCUUGCAGAUUCACGAGCAAGAGAAGUGUGUUUAAGGGAGGUGGGGGGAGUGUAUACACAGACACCCACCUACGGACGCAAGUUUACCUGUGCUCGUUCACGUUGCUUUUAAUGUCCUGAUCCAGUACAUUCGCGUGGUAGCUUUAACGAUCAGCUGCGAAACACCAGCACGUCAUUAGGGAGAUGUCCUUGCCCCCUUGGUCCUCAUGCCCUCUGGUUUUUGAUGGUCACGCUGUUUUUAGUGCUUCUGGUGGUUUCCUUUAUAUACAGUGUUAACCCUCUUUCUUAUUUUUAUGGUUUUGUUUUGAGGGAGAGAUUCAAAGCAGGCUCCGUGCUGCCAUCGCAG